UAAAAAAUGAACACUGGCACGUGAUCUGAUGUCAUCAUCGCGCGACAACUUCUCCGGAAGGGCUUGUUUGUCAUCGUCUGCAGUUCUGUUGUACAGCUCCCGAAGGGAAACAUGUCGGGAAGUUUUUAUUUUGUCAUGGUUGGGCAUCAUGAUAAUCCUGUCUUUGAGAUGGAGUUUCUACCACCUGGGAAAGCAGAGUCAAAGGAUGACCACCGCCAUCUGAACCAGUUCAUUGCACAUGCAGCACUUGAUUUGGUGGACGAAAACAUGUGGCUGUCGAAUAAUAUGUACCUCAAAACUGUGGAUAAAUUCAAUGAAUGGUUUGUUUCAGCAUUUGUCACUGCAGGUCAUAUGAGAUUCAUCAUGCUUCAUGAUGUGCGGCAAGAAGAUGGAAUCAAAAACUUCUUCAAUGAUGUUUACGACCUGUAUAUCAAGUUUGCUAUGAACCCAUUUUAUGAAGUAAAUGCUCCAAUACGCUCAACGGCCUUCGAUAGGAAAGUACAGUUUCUUGGCAAGAAACAUCUACUCAGCUGAGUUAAUGGACUGUAAACUCAUGAAGGUGACUUGGGUGGUUGUGAGAGGACCAAUUCCCUUUUGUACAGAGUGUUUCUCAUUUUUAUGUUUGUAUUCUUUUUCCUGUAUGUCUCAAUACUGUCUGCAGUCAGUUAUGUAAAAUUAUGUUGACUUUUCUGGAAUGUACUUGCUUUCUGUUAAAUUGAAUUGACACAAAUUAUAAAUUUACUUUUAAUCUCAAAGAA